AUGAGGCCUAGAACCUACAGAAGGAUGUUCAGCAACUCCCUCAUAUUUGUCCUUGUGUCCGGCCUCGUCCUUUCCGCCGUGACCAUCACCACAGAGCGCCACUUAUCCAACGGCGGCCCCAGCGGCACCACUCUGUUCCUCCUCACCGGCUUUGGGAACAAACCAAUGCCACUGCCUCCGGGGGGGCCGAAGGUGGCGCCUAAAGCGGCUGAAAUGGAGGACGCUCAGGACAGUGAGCCGAAAGAACCCGAAAUGCUCCCCAAGCCCCUCCCCCAGAUCAAGCUCCCUCAGAACAUGACGGCAGCUGACGCCCUCAAACCCCCUCUGGGUGCCGCCCAGGUGGCUCCACCCCCCCGGCGCCUGGUGGAUGUGGACAUGUGCCGGGCCUACUACGACGUCAUGGGCCAGUUAGACAGCACUUUCAACUGCUCCAAGGGCACCUACAUCUACUGCUGCGGCACCUGCCACUACCGCUACUGUUGUGAUCACCAGCGUAGCCGCCUGGACCAGGAGUCGUGCAACAACUACAACUCGCCUGGGUGGCUCGACACACCGCAGCCGAACCCCCCGCCCUCGGGGAACCGGGGUGAUCCAGACUCAGAGCAGCUACAGCAGCAGAGCAACAGCACGGCGUACGUGAUCGGAGGGGUGAUCUCCUUCACCCUAGUGGUGGCAGUGGGCAUCAAGGUGGCCUUCCACAAGAUAUCCCGACGACCCCGGAACAGAGACAUCAACAUGCCCAGGUGAGAAAGGAAUGGAGAAUUCAGCAGUGUCUGAAAAGGCUGUAUGGGUGUAUGUGGGUCUGUCAGUGGGUUGUAGUCUUUGAAAUUCAGCACGUUACUAAGUUUUACUGAGGUCACAAGCCACAGACUAAAGGGGUGAUGAAACUGAACCACAAUCAAUGAACAAAUAACACAUUUACAUUGGUGGCAAAUUAAAUUGAAUACUCUAUUUUUGAAAGGAAAGUAGUUUGUUCUACUCUCUCGCCCUUGUCCAUCUUUUUUCAUUCCCCGCCUCUCCCCUCGUCUCUCCUCCUUCUCCCAGAGCCCUGGUGGACAUCCUACGCAGCCAGGCCAGCCCAGUCCAACAGGGGGAGAGGAACAACAGCACCGUCCUGACCACCGCCACCACAGGCGGCAGCCUCGGUCGUCCCCCCAAGAACCUCUACACCCCGGUGCUCCAGAGCAAAGACAACCGCAGUGAGUGACGCAACAAAAAGCAUGGGACGAUAACAUUGUAAUAACAAUGUUAUAACACUGUUAGUAUAAUAACUCUUAUAACGCUGUUAUUACAUUGUAAUAGCACAGUAAUACCCUGUUUUCAGAUAUAUGAACCAUUACAGUGAUGAUGGUGGACAGCGGUGGUGAACGCAAUAGCCUAGUAAUGCUGACUGUAUGGAGUCGCGAUCAACAUGCUCGCACUCUAAACACGCUCAUGUAAUCCCACAGCGCACACACCACACAAUGCUCAUGCUCACACAUACACGCACAAGUGGCUAUACCAUCAGUGUUCGCUGUGCUCUCUUGCAGUUGGCAACUUGCACCACAAUUUUAUCCAGGUGUCUGGUUCCAGCCCCAAACACUCGGCUACUAAGGGUAAGCCUAACUAGAUAACACAGGCAGCGGGUGUGUGAGUUGGCAUCAUGACACAUCUGUCUGGUGUUGUACAUGUACCAUUAGGUGUGUUUCCUUAACACAGUCGCUGCAUCAGUGCUCCCACUCACUCUGUGUGUGUCUCCCUCGUAAGUGUCUCAGUAUGCACUAUGUACUGUAUCCGUUUGUACUGUAAGUGUGCUUACUUACACUGUGGGCCUUGGUUUGAGUGAAGUCAGUGACCGAAGCCUGUGUGUGUUACUCCACAGUGGUCAAUGUCUCCCGUGUGCUCCCUCAGUGGUUAUAAAGACAUUAUUGGCCGUCAUUGCCCAUUAUUGUACAUGGUCAAUGGCCAAAGUGUCAGACAAUCAUCUUGGCUUGUUUUAUAUGUUACCUCAAAGGACCUUCAUACUAGUCACCUUAGAAUGACUUGAAAAUGUACAAAUUACAAAUGGCAGCAAUUCUCUAAGACUAAUAAUGUGUGAGGAAUUGGCACGUUUCGUCAAUAUAUAUGCACCUUUAAGGGCAGUUUAAAUGUACUUAUACAUGUUGGCCCAUUAUAAAUGUAGCUACCUACCAAAUAUGUGUUAGGUCCUUGUAAAUGUAUAUAUGUGUGUGUAUGUAUAUAUAUAUAUAUAUAUAUAUACUACCGUUCAAAGGUUUGGGGUCACUUAGAAAUGUCCUUGUUUUCGAAAGAAAAUAAAUGUUUUGUCCAUUAAAAUAACAUCAAAUUGAUCAGAAAUACAGUGUAGACAUUGUUAAUGUUGUAAAUGGCUAUUGUAGCUGGAAACGGCUGAUUUUUUAAUGGAAUAUCUACAUAGGCAUACAGAGGCCCAUUAUCAGCAACCAUCAGUCCUGUGUUCCAAUGGCACGUUGUGUUUGCUAAUCCAAGUUUAUCAUUUUAAAAAGGCUAAUUGAUCAUUAGAAAACCCUUUUGCAAUUAUGUUAGCACAGCUGAAAACUGAUUAAAUAAGCAAUAAAACUGGUCUUCUUGAGACUAGUUGAGUAUCUGGAGCAUCAGCAAUUGUGGGUUCAAUUACAGGCUCAAAAUGGCCACAAACAAAUAACUUUCUUCUGAAACUCGUCAGUCUAUUCUUGUUCUGAGAAAUGAAGGCUAUUCCAUGUGAGAAAUUGCCAAGAAACUGAAGAUCUCUUACAACGCUGUGUACUUCUCCCUUCACAGAACAGUGCAAACUGGCUCUAACCAGAAUAGAAAAAGGAAUGGGAGGCCCCGGUGCACAACUGAGCAAGAGGACAAAUACAUUAGUGUCUAGUUUGAGAAACAGAUGCCUCACAGGUCCUCAACUGCCAGCUUCAUUAAAUAGUAAUAAAAUAAAAGAUUAAGAUGGGCAGUCUGAGCUUUUCCGGAAUGACUGACCUUCAUGUCUUAAAGUAAUGAUGGACUGUUGUUUCUCUUUGCUUAUUUGAGCUGUUCUUGCCAUAAUAUGGACUUGGUCUUUUACCAAAUAGGGCUAUCUUCUGUAUACCACCCCUACCUUGUCACAACACAACUGAUUGGCUCAAACGCAUUAAGAAGGAAAGAAAUUCCACAAAUUCACUUUUAACAAGGCACACCUGUUAAUUUAAAUGCAUUCCAGGUGACUACCUCAUGAAGCUGGUUGAGAGAAUGCCAAGAGUGUGCAAAGAUGUCAUCAAGACAAAGGGUGGCUACUUUGAAGAAUCUCAAAAAGUUUAACACUUUUUUGGUUACUACAUGAUUCCAUAUGUGUUAUUUCAUAGUUUUGAUGUCUUCACUAUUAUUCUACAGUGUAGAAAAUAGUACAAAUAAGGAAAAACCCUUGAAUGAGUAGGUGUGUCCAAACUUUUGACUGGUACUGUAUAUAUAUAUAUAUAUAUAUAUAUAUAUAUAUACACACUGUAAAUAUAUAUGUGUAUGUAUGUGUUAGGUCCUUAUAAACAUACUCAAAUAUAUUAUGUUAAUAAACAUGUUACAGUGAGGGGAAAAAGUUUUUGAUCCUCUGCUGAUUUUGUACGUUUGCCCACUGACAAAGACAUGAUCAGUCUAUAAUUUUAAUGGUAGGUUUAUUUGAACAGUGAGAGACAGAAUAACAACAAAAAAAUCCAGAAAAACACAUGUCAAAAAUGUUAUAAAUUGAUUUGCAUUUUAAUGAGGGAAAUAAGUAUUUGACCCCUCUGCAAAACAUGACUUAGUACUUGGUGGCAAAACCCUUGUUGGCAAUCACAGAGGUCAGACGUUUCUUGUAGUUGGCCACCAGGUUUGCACACAUCUCAGGAGGGAUUUUGUCCCAUUCCUCUUUGCAGAUCUUCUCCAAGUCAUUAAGGUUUCGAGGCUGACGUUUGGCAACAUGAACCUUCAGCUCCCUCCACAGAUUUUCUAUGGGAUUAAGGUCUGGAGACUGGCUAGGCUACUCCAGGACCUUUAAUGUGCUUCUUCUUGAGCCACUCCUUUGUUGCCUUGGCCGUGUGUUUUGGGUCAUUGUCAUGCUGGAAUAUCCAUCCAUGACCCAUUUUCAAUGCCCUGGCUGAGGGAAGGAGGUUCUCACCCAAGAUUUGACGGUACAUGGCCCCGUCCAUCGUCCCUUUGAUGCGGUGAAGUUGUCAUGUCCCCUUAGCAGAAAAACACCCCCAAAGCAUAAUGUUUCCACCUCCAUGUUUGACGGUGGGGAUGGUGUUCUUGGGGUCAUAGGCAGCAUUCCUCCUCCUCCAAACACGGCGAGUUGAGUUGAUGCCAAAGAGCUCGAUUUUCGUCUCAACUGACCACAACACUUUCACCCAGUUCUCCCCUGAAUCAUUCAGAUGUUCAUUGACAAACUUUAGACGGCCCUGUAUAUGUGCUUUCUUGAGCAGGGGGACCUUGCGGGCGCUGCAGGAUUUCAGUCCUUCACGGUGUAGUUACCAAUUGUUUUCUUGGUGACUAUGGUCCCAGCUGCCUUAAGAUCAUUGACAAGAUCUUCCUGUGUAGUUCUGGGCUGAUUCCUCAUGAUCAUUGCAACUCCACGAGGUGAGAGCUUGCAUGGAGCCCCAGGCUGAGGGAGAUUGACAGUUAUUUUGUGUUUCUUCCAUUUGCGAAUAAUCGCACCAACUGUUGUCACCUUCUCACCAAGCUGCUUGGCGAUGGUUUUGUAGCCCAUUCUAGCCUUGUGUAGGUCUACAAUCUUGUCCCUGACAUCCUUGGAGAGCUCUUUGGUCUUGGCCAUGGUGGAGAGUUUGGAAUCUGAUUGAUUGAUUGCUUCUGUGGACAGGUGUCUUUUAUACAGGUAACAAACUGAGAUUAGGAGCACUCCCUUUAAGAGUGUGCUCCUAAUCUCAGCUCGUUACCUGUAUAAAAGACCCCUGGGAGCCAGAAAUCUUUCUGAUUGAGAGGGGGUCAAAUACUUAUUUCCCUCAUUAAAAUGCAUAUCAAUUUAUAACAUUUUUGACAUGCGUUUUUCUGGAUUUUUGUUGUUGUUAUUCUGUCUCUCACUGUUCAAAUAAACCUACCAUUAAAAUUAUAGACUGAUCAUUUCUUUGUCAGUGGGAUAUGUACAAAAUCAGCAGGGGAUCAAAUAAUUUUUUCCCUCACUGUAGGUCAUUCUAAAUGUAGCCCUAUGUGUUAGGGCCCUGGUUAAUGCUCCCGUAAAUGUCCUCCUCUCUUCCUCCUCUUCCUUCUCCAGAGCGCGUGCCCCGCAUGAACAACACCCAGCUGGCCUCCACAGGGACCCUCCUCACCAGCAAGCACAACAACAGCUCCGGCCUGUACCCGCACCCCCCUUUCUCGCACUCCUUCCACAAUCUGGCCCAGCUUCCCCCCUCCUAUGAGGUGGCCAUGAAACCUGAGAUCAACCGCUACAGCUCCCUGAAGAGGCUCGGUGAGCAGGGGAGCGGUGGGGGAGGGGCCAUGGGGCGGGGGCCGGAGAGAGGGCUGGAUGUCUGGGUGGCAGCCGCUGCUGGGAGGAAGGCGACUGGAGGUGGGGGGAAGGAACUGGUGGUGGUGGUUAGAGAGAGAGAGCUCCAGAGAUGUGAGUGUGUGUGGAAGAAGCAAUAACAGGCGAGAAGCAGCGGCCGAUGAUGUGUGUCAGAUGUAUUCUCUUUUGAUGUGCCUUAAUGUAGGCUUCUAUAGUCUAUAGAAUGGGCGUUGAUAAAGGCUUGUUUGUCUAGAGUGGGUGCCCCAGAAAACUAUAUAAUAUGGAGGAUGUACAGGGGGAUUGUAGAAUAAACAGAGAGAGAGCAACCAACGGUUGGCUAAUGGUCACAUUUAAAUUGGCUCUCAGGGUGCUCAGUCCAGGGAAAGUCUUUAAAGAUUAAAUACUUCUUAGGGCGAGAAAUGUUGAACACUUUGUUUCACCUAAUAAUGAAUGAAUUUCACGAACUGUUAUUUCUAAAUUUCUUUCUUUCAUCCUCCCUCUUUUUUUACCACUCACAAAAAAAACAGAGAAAGAUCUGGAUGAAUACUCUGGCUACUACUCAUCGAAGCGACGACCUAACAACGCCCCUCUGUCUUUCCACUCCUCCCAGCACCACCUCCACUGGGGCGGUGACUACACUCUCGGAGCCAGGGGCACCCCAUCCCUCCACUCCUCCCGGCCAUGUAUCCAUGUGCCCACAUCCACCCCCAACCCAUACCCUCUGCCAGCCCAGUCGUCGGGGUACCAGACUGCCUUCGACAAGCCCCCACGGAGGGUCAUGUCCCAGGACCAGCUCCUGGCGCUCAGUGAGGGCAACACCCUCUCCAGACUCUCCAAGAACCAGCAGCACCAGUACUACAAGGGUAUGACCACCAGCAAGAGCUCCACCUCACAGAUGCUUCGCAAGUCCCACGAGAGACUCCUAGUCUCGCCCGACUGUCUGGAGGAGAGGAUGGGGGGCAUGGGCAUGCCAGGGGUGGGCAGUAUGGUAGGUAUGAGCGGGAUGGGGGGCAUGGGUGACUUUGGGGGGAUGGGGGUCCAGACAAUGGGACACCUCAGCCACAAGGCCCAAUCACAGCAGAACGUCUGCAUCACACCCUCGCUGGACCGUCAUCACAUGAUCAAGAUGAACUCCCACCCCACAUCGGGCCACGAGCUGGAGAGGAGUGUGGCGGGCCACCCGGUAGAAAACUGGGGGGACCCUCAUGGGCACGGACCAGGGGCCGGGGUAGGGCCAGGGAGCGGGGCGGGGACCAUCGGGGGCCACAACGCGCGGAGGAUGGCAUUCACCACCAAGAGGCAGAACACCAUCGAACAGCUCCAAUAUAUCCCUGGGGGCGGAGGAGGGGGCCAGACAUUGAGGACGGCUAGUAAGAACGAGGUGACUGUGUGA